CGCGUGGCGCCCCCCGCCAGUCGGGCACCACAAAUGAGAGCUGCAUCACCAGCGCCUGCUGCUCGGGCGCCUGUCCCGGCAGCAGCCCCAGCUUCUGCCGUGGCGGAGGCACCGAAGCAGCCUGGUCUGAUGGCACAGAUGGCUACAACUGCUGCUGGAGUUGCUGUAGGCUCUGCUGUCGGCCAUACCAUAGGUCAUGCGCUUACAGGAGGGUUUGGUGGAGGAAGCAGCUCUGAAGCUGCAAGGCCUGAUAUUACUUAUCAGGAGCCCCAGGCAGCUCAGCCUGCCUACCAGCAGCAGCAGUCGCAGUUUGCUCCUUGCCAGUAUGAAAUGAAACAAUUCCUGGAGUGUGCGCAGAACCAGACUGACCUCAAGCUCUGCGAGGGCUUCAGUGAAGUGCUGAAGCAGUGCAGGUUUGCUAAUGGUAAGUUGACAGUGCUACUGGGCAGCUACUAA